AUGGCCACUUUUCCAUAUUCAACGUCAAAUGAUUCGUCAAAAAAUGGUGUUUGGUUUUGGAAUUCAAAUUUGAAUCCAUGGCUUACACCCGUACCAGUGGAACAGCGUUAUUCUUCCGGCACAGGAAAUUUCGUCGUAGAAGAAACUUAUAAAAGGUAUAAACCACAAGCCGUGGCGGUCAAUGAUAAUAUUAUUGUCGACAGUAAAUAUCAAAUGCCUAAUAGUGAUCAUCACAAGAGAAGAGCUAUAAAAGAAAUUGAACAUAAGAGCAAAGAUAAACAUUUACGAGAAGAACGCUUUAUGGGUCUUCCCAUCAGUUCGGAAUCUUCAUUUGGUGGUCAUUUUGGUUCUGCAUCUCCAUUUUUCAUUGAAAUAAAAAAAUACCUAAACCUUGAACAAAAUGAUUUAUCUUCGGAAACUUCAGAAAUGAUACCGAUGUUUGUUGAAAAAGUAGCUCAAGGUAUUAUCGAAGAAGGAAAACAAAUAGGAAAAGAACGAAAAGCUGAAAAAAUGGCAACAAUGCUUAGAGAAAAGAAGCACGAAGGAAUGGAAGAAGUAUGGGAACAAUGUGUUUAUCUCUAUACAUCGAAAAAUUUCUUAUAUAAAGCAUUGAAUGCAACUAUGAAAUUAGUAGGAGGCAAAGAUCAAGAGAAUAUAUGGCGAAGCAAAGUACCUACGUUAGGUCCAUUUUGUUUAUUAUUAUUGAAUAAACCAUUUAACAAAGAAUUGACUAAGAACAAAACAAUUUACCGAAGUGCUAAUGUGACACCUGAGCAAAUCGUUCAAUAUGAAGAAAUGGCUAAAAAUAAAAGUUCAUAUCAAUCAUUUAAAGUGUAUACAUCUUGCACACGCAAUCUUAAAAAUGCAAAAGCACUGGGAAAUACUUUAUUCAUCAUGGCAGUGUUGGAUGGUUUUAUUAUGGAUAUAAGUCCAUACUCGAAAUAUCCAGAAGAAGAGGAAGAACUCAUUACACCUGGUGUUUGUUUUCGUGUUCAAAGUGUUACAUUCAAUCAGAAGAAAAACAGAUAUUUGAUCAAUUUAGAAUUACGACAAAAGCUUACUGUUUUUGACAAAAUACCAAAGCCAAUAGCGCAGUCAACCAAACCAAAGAAGCAUAUUUUCUUUGCCUAUGAAGAAGAAGAUGAGUCUGAUGCAUCAGCCGCUGAAAAAUUAAAAAAAUAUUUCGUCCAACGACGAUUGAGAGUUUAUCAUCCUCGACAAAAUGAAGAUAUUAAUAUCAUAAUUGCAAAUGGCAUUGAAAAUGCUGCUGUGGUUCUAGUUUUUCCAUCUCCUUCGUUACAAAUAUCAAAUGUUGGAUCGAAACUAUUGAAUUAUGCUGAUCAAACUAAAACACCUAUUUUAACUAUUAAGAUUCGUGAAGAUUUUCAACCUGUAGACUGGCUAGGUGCUAUUUUAGCUCCUACAAAGAGUUGUUCAACUGACUUUGAUGAAGUUAUGCAAACUCUGAUAUCGAUGGGAAUCAAAACUAGUGACUUUGUUCUUGAAAGAGGUGAAAAAAACGAACCACAACCAAUAGAAGAGUAUCUAUUUAAGGGUGAAACAAAAUCGGGGAAUCUGAAAGCCAAAUACCAACAAUCUGGAAAGGAAUAUCCAAUGGAAUUUAGGUUUUUGGGUUUGAAACACGGAAAAGUAUUUGGUCAAGGAGAUGAUAAAGAUGGAGCUUUUACUCUUGCUGGUGAAUACAAGCUUGAAGAUGGUUUUGGUGUUAUCAAAAUGCAAAAGCAAUAUGUUGGGAAAGAUUCCGUUAAAUAUCGGGGAAAGAUUUCUGUUGAAGCAUUAAAUUGUGUAAUAGAAGGACAAUGGAAAAUAGGCAAGAUGCAUGAUAAAUUUUCCAUGCAUUUGAUUCUUUCACGACCAUAUACAACGGAUAUUGAAAAGAUACCACCACCGCAAAUUUCACGAAAACAAGGAAGUAAAGUUAUGAUUUCUUAUUGUCCAUGUCAAUAUGAUUUAGCUCAAAAGAUAACUAAAGGAUUGAUUGCUAAAGGUAUUCCUGCUGUUUGUCCGCCAAUACGACUUCAUGACAUGAUAAAAAUAGCAGCUCACAAAGCGAGAGUUGUUGUACCAUUAAUGAGUAAAGCAUAUGAAGCAUCUAAUACGGCAAAAUAUGUUCUAUCAUAUGCCGAUGAAGCUGAUAUUCCAAUAGUUCCUGUAAAGGCGCAAGAUCCUUACUCGCAAAGUGGUUGGCUCGGUGUCAUUUGUGCUGGUGCAUUAUGGGUACAAAUGACGAAUGCUAAUGAAUUUGAGAAAAAGCUUGAUGAACUUAUAACACACUUACAACCAUAUGUCAACGACUUUGGAGAUGAAGAGCAAGAAAUGGAUUUCCUUGUUGAUGAAACUCUUGUUGAAGGUUAUUAUAUGCAGUCGGGAGAACAACUUCCUUUGCAGUUUGAUAUGUUUACUAUGGUAAAUGGAUAUAUUGCUGGUGAAGGAGAAGAUGAAGUUGGUAUCUUUGUAAUCAAUGGAAGUUAUAAUUGCUUACCGGAUACAGAAGAGUUAGAAUUUGAAUUUGAAAAGCAUUAUGUCGAAAAAUAUGAUGUUCAAUAUUCUGGAACUAUAACUGAAGAAGAAUCUAUAUUGUUCUUUGAUGGAAAAUGGUUUCUAGACAACAUAUCAGAUAGCUUUCAUUUAGAAGUACCUCUUAAUGAACCAUCGGAAUCUGAAAGUUUGCAUAUUAUGUUAAGUUACCAAUGGAAUAGUCAAGAGUUAGUUAAGAAAGUAGCAAAUAAGCUCAAAGAAAACGAUAUUCCGAUUUGGUUUGAUAUUGCUGGAGAUAUGAAAGGUAAUAUCAAUUCUGCUAUGGCUAAUGGUGUUGAAGGUUCUGCGAUGAUUAUCAGUUUCAAUACUCUCGCUUAUAGUAAAAGUGUUAAUUGUCAAAAAGAAUUUACAUAUGCUAUGCAAUUGGAGAAAAAUAUUGUUCCUGUUCUUCUUGAGAAUGAGAAGAAUUUUCAGGAUACAUGGUUAGGAAAUGCAAUAGCUUCUGUAGACAAAGUGAAUAUGGAAAAUGAAAGUCUAUUUGAUUCCAGUUUUGAUGUUCUUUUACAACGUAUUAAAAAAGCUCUUGAAGAGAAAGUAGACGAAGAUUCUAAUCAAUCUGAAGUAAUUACACGGUUUGAAGGUGGUGCUGUUCAUGGAAAAUAUUAUCGAUUUGAUCAAUCUUUUGAUAUGGUCUUUGAUUUCUUUAGUUUAAUAGAAGGAAGAGUUUCAGGUCAAGGCAUCGAUAACGUUGCAGCUUUCACAAUGGCUGGAGAUUAUGAUAAUAAAGGAAAUAUUAGUUUCAAAAAACAAUACGUUGGAAAAAAUGCUAUUGAACACAAAGGAACACUUGAUUGUGAUGAACUGGGCGGAUUCAAGAUCAACGGAACAUGGAGUGCUGGUAGUUCAACAGGUGACUUUUACGUAGAAAGCAUUGAUGAUAGUGAAGAUGAUACAAUGACUCAUGAUAGUUAA